ACAGCAGUAGCUCGAGCUCAGAAGUAUCGACACAGGCUUCAGAGGUGGACACGCUCGGUCCUUCUAGAUGACAGACCUAACGUAAACAUACCUUUUCUGUCUCUUUAUCAUCUCAACACACAGUCAUUUCGUCUCCUUGGAAGCCUGGAGAAGAAGAAUGACCGACGAAGGAAUGUUAAUCUCACCGUCGGCUCUCCAGGAUCCCGGAGAUGGAGCGAAAACUGAAGACAUCAGUAUGGAUUGUACGGACGUGGAAGAUGAAUUGUGUUUGGAGGAGAUUUUAACACUGUACAGUCAACCGAUCAACGAGGAGCAAGCCUGGGCCGUGUGUUAUCAGUGCUGCAGGUGGUUAACUCAAAAACAGAGACGGAAAGAGAAAGGUGUGAGUCCACCUGGACGGAUUGCGGGUCCUGGAGAUGUGAGGAUCCGGAAGGACGGGACUGUUAAAUUGUAUCAACAGAGCAGUCCAGAUAAACACAUUGAACCGCCCAGUUCAUCAAUAGAGAUCAUAGAGUCUCUGGGUAUAAUGAUCUACAAGGCUUUGGAUUACGGGCUGAAGGAGCAUGAGGAGCGAGAACUCAGCCCUCCUCUGGAGCAGCUCAUCGACCUCAUGACCAACAUGGCAGACACAGAAACAGACUGUCCUGAUGAGGGAUACGAGGCAACGGAAGAAGAGGACGAGGGAGAGGAAGAACCGGCAGAAGUCUCAAACAUUCGUGGCUACCGUGACAUCAUUUCUCUCUGCACGUCUCACCUCCCCAGCCCAACGGAUGCUCCCAACCACUACCAGGCUGUAUGUCGAGCCCUGUACGCAGAGACCAAGGAGCUACGCACCUUCUUGGAGAAGAUCAAGUGUGCCAAAGAGAAUUUGCGAAAGAUGGAAGGAGAAACACAGGAGCCCGUCAAAGACCUGAAUGAGUUGCAAAAUGCUGACUGGGCACAGUUUUGGGUGCAGGUAAUGAGGGACCUAAGACAUGGUGUGAAGCUGAAGAAGGUCCAGGAGCGUCUAUAUAACCCUCUACCCUUCGAGUACCAGCUCACGCCUUAUGAGAUGCUCAUGGAUGACAUCCGCUCGCAACGCUACAAACUUCGCAAGGUCAUGGUCAAUGGUGACAUUCCUCCGAGGUUAAAGAAGAGUGCCCAUGAGGUCAUACUGGAGUUCAUUCGAUCCAGGCCUCCACUGAAUCCUGCUUCUGCUCGUAAGCUUAAGCCUCAUCCUCAAAUACCUCCAAGUCUUCAUGAACGUAUCCUGGAAGAGAUCAAGUCGGAGAGAAAGCUGAGGCCUGUCUCACCCGACAUGCUCCGUAGAAGUCGACUCGUAAUGCGCCCACUUAGCAUGUCUGUCAGUUUUGACUCAUCAGGCGCAGGCAAAAGUAUGAGCACCCCACAGGACUUGUUCCGAAGCUCAGACAUCCCUGACGGACCCCGAAAGUUGGCCGUCAGCACACUGUCCCUGGCCAAUGGCACGACGCCGGCUCGGAGCCCUGUAAACGGUGUAGCUGGAGGACAGCCGCUGUCCCAGAGGAAGAGGUUGCUCAAAGCACCUACGCUGGCUGAGCUCGACAGCUCAGACUCUGAUGAGGACCAAAACACUCGAAAAUCCGACAGCAGCUCCAGCAUAUCCACCUCACUGGUUGAGGACACAUCUCCAGAGUCCGUCGUGGGCAAAAAGAUUCCUCCAAAGUUCCUGCCCAUAUCUUCCACUCCUCAGCCUGACAAACGCUUCGCUCCACAGAGGAGGCACUCCAUAGAGAAGGAAGCUCCCACCAGCGUACGCUCUUUCCUGCCUCCGUCUCGCCAGAACUCCAAAUCUCUGCUGUCUCCGGACAACAAGGCUCACGCAUUAGGCAGCGGUCGUGUGGAGGAGUUCUGCUACCCUGUCGAGUGCCUGACUUUGACCGUCGAGGAGGUGAUGCAUAUCAGACAGGUUCUUGUUAAAGCAGAGCUGGAGAAGUUCCAACAGUAUAAAGAGGUUUAUAAUGCGCUGAAGAAAGGAAAGCUUUGCUUCUCGUGUCGGACGAAGAAGUUCUCGCUCUUCACCUGGUCCUACACCUGCCAGUUCUGUAAGAGGCCUGUUUGUUCACAGUGUUGUAAGAAGAUGAAGUUGCCCUCCAAGCCCCAUGCCAGCCUACCCAUCUCCUCUCUGGGCCCCAGCAUUCUGCCCAAAAAGGAGUCUGGAGCAUCAGCCCCGGCAGAGAAGACCUCCUCCGCAUCCAGCCACAAGCGCCACAGCCUUCAGCGUUCCUUGUCCAGAUCAUCAAAGCACGGUGAGCGCUCGUCCUCCAAAGACGAGCUGGAGCUUCCCGAGCAGUUCACAGAGGACUGGAGCACCAUGGAGGUCUGCGUGGACUGCAAGAAGUUCAUCAACGAUAUCAUCAGCAACAGCAGGCGUAACCAGACCACCAAACGUGCCCGUCUGCACCGCAGGACCCAUUCAGUCUACAUGUCCAACACCAGUUCUUCCCACUUCAAACCUUCUGAACGGACUAUCAAAGAGGUUUAGGAUCCCAAGUGCUUGGAACUUUCACGGUGUGGUCCUUCCCAUUAAAACGUUCCUGUUUAUACUGUUCUCGCCUGUUGUGAACGUGCCAGACAGAAAUAAGCUUGCGAUGUAAAAGGUGUUUUGUUACCUAUGACAGUACGGCCACUUUUAUUAGCUUUGUAACGUACCUUCGAUACCUCUUCUUUUCCAUUUAAAAAGUGCCAGAGGUGAAGGAAUAAAGCCGUCCCUCUUCCAGCAUGAGUCCUUAAGCACCAGCCUUCUCAGGAAAUGGUUUGAUUCUGUGAUUGGAGCUUUGGAAUGUAGUUUAACACACUUUAAACUUAUUUUGACCAGCUUUUCUUAAAAACAGAUGAAUCUGAAUUAACACGGAAUGAAAUGAAAAUGACAGUGUGAAAAAGAAAACGCAAGGCUGCUUUGAUUACUGAAAGAACCAAGGCCUGAAUGUACAUUUUUCAAUAUAGGAAAGAAAAGUGGUUCAAUUGUAUGUAAAUAGUUACUGAAUAAUCAGCCUAAAUGUUAUAGAUGUAAAUAGGCAUCCAAAAGGACUAAUUUUCCCCUUUUAGGAAGAACUAGUCGACCAAGAAGACUGUUGAUGAACUCAGCCUCCACAACAAUUCAAGAUCAAGUCUUACCAAAUGUUUUUCUUAUUGUUCGUUAAAAUCGCUGCUGUAAUAGUGACACGGUCCAAAUGAAUGGCGUUUUAGAUAAUUACAGAGAGUACUUAUACAGAUAUAUAUUUUUCCUCUGUCUGAUGGCAGUGUUUUUGAGCUUUUAGUCAAAGACGAGGGUAAAGAUGUGUGUUUUUUUAGAGCGGAUGCUAAAAGCUGUAG